UCUCAGCAUUUUGCUCGACGUAUCUCUUGGAUUUGCGAGGGAGCCAUGCAUUCAUUGGCCAAGUGCGCAGCAGCCGCUGAGAUGCAGACGACCUCUGCGGCAGGCUGGCCAAGUCCAUCAACCAUUGAAGGCCCAAUGCAGGUGCAACUUGUCACACCGACAACGCCUGCAGAUAUUCCAUUUAGUGUGAGAACACCAUCCGAAGACACGGAUACAGAGAUGAACGAGAUGCUUCCGGAGGACUAUGUUCUUUUGCUCGAGAGCACUCCAGUGUGGGUCAUUCCAGACGAUGACCCUGACGAGGGCGACAAGCAGGAAUCCAUCCAGGAAGUCAAGUACAAAAAGAUGCGCGUGGAGCCGCCUUCCAGCGCCUCAACUGCGAGCCCUUCGCCCACCUCCUCCCCGUGCUUGUCGCCGCUCCCGGAUCUUGACUACUCUCACAUGACGGAGGACGAGAUCCGAGACCGGCUCGGCGUCGCCGGCACAGAUAUUGCCAUGGACUGGGAGAAGGAAGAGCUCCUCGCCACGCUCAUGGAGAUAGAGAAGGAGUUGUCCCGAUUGGAAAUGUGAUCCUUUGGACAACAACGUACAGUGGGGCCUGGCCAGCUUUCACUCAUUUAAGAGUUGACUGCUCUGCUGAGUGCAUGAGGUUCGAGCGAAUUGAGUGCAUUUGAAGUUGCCCAUGGGGCACGGCGCCCCUUUUUCAAGACCGCGGCUGGCUGCGCUUUUGGCCAACGGCCAAGGGGCUGCUGAGCGGCGCGCCGCUCCAGAGUUUGUGCCUGGCGCUUUUUCAGGCGGCUCCGCUCCCGGAUCUUGCCCGUGAAGCUCCAGUUCUGGAGCACAGGCGUCGAAAACCUCACAGGGCUUGAGUUCAGGGCUUGGAUUUCAUGCUGAGCUGCGGGAGGGGCUCCAUGAGUGGUGCCCCAAACUGCUCUGGACGUUGGCCGGGGUAACUUUGGGCAAAGCCAAACCAUCGCAGGUGUUGGGGCACGGCUCCUUCGAGCCCUCCGGGCUUGGCUCCUCGAAUUUCUGCGCAAAGACUGCGCUUAGAAAUAGCUCAUGUUGACUCGUUUUGGAUGCUUGAGAGGCU